AUGAUUCUUAGUCAUUAUGAAAUUCAACAUCUGCUGACAACCGUAAAAAAGGGCUUUAGCUGCCUCAGCAAACUCAUCAAGAAACAGCAUAGCUCUUCAUCAUCAACCACUUCGGUCUCUUGUGGUUCUGGAGGAGAAUCGGUUGCUGUUGUUUCAUCAGAGCCAUUCCAGACUGCGACAAAGUCCGAGAAACAGGAAACACCAAUACGUUCGGGGACUUUUGAUAGCAUGGAUAAAUUUGCGGGACACAAAGAACCGGACAUAACUCCAAUGGGCUUCAAAGUCCCACCCCCACGUCCCAUCGUUUCCAUUCCACCACCACCACCACUGUUGUUGGAUGGAAUAAACGCUACACAGCUUCCCAUUCCGGAAUCUCCCAUGCCGCACAAUAUGAAGCCAAAGAAAACAUUUUCAGCGCCAUAUAGGUUAAAAAAAGUUUGUGUUACCCCACUUAGUAAAACCAAACUCAACAAGGAUUCUGUUUGGGUUAAAAUAGAUGAGGGAGAGUUGUUGAGCGACACAUUCGUUCGAAAGCUUCACCGGCGUUUUCGAAUAAAAGAAAACAUUCGACUGACGAACGAUGGAGCCGUAAGUGAAGUCACCUCGAUCGUGACGUCCACAAAUCUGUGCAAACAGUUGGAAGGGAUUCAGCUUACAGCAGGCUUGGAUGAAAACACGUCCAUCACACAACGGUUCCAUCGCAUUGGCUCAAAACGGUUUGGUUUGAGGCGUUACAGCCUUGAGCUGUUUUCCGCAAAAGUUGCCCAGACCCUGGCGAUUUCAAUGGCCUCCAUACAUCGGGAACCAUCGGAGAUAGCGGGCGAUAUCAUUAACCUACGAACAAGCGCAAAUUCUUGUGAAGCAGAUACUACUUUGGAGGCAAUCACUGGUCGCGAGGACCUUUGUGACAUUAAGUUCCCCGAAAUGCUGCUUGAUACGCUGACCGCUAAUUUACCUCCAAUGGAUCGAAUACUCAAGCUAUCUGACUGCCCAACUGAAUACAGUACGAACGAUGGAGCCGUAAGUGAAGUCACCUCGAUCGUGACGUCCACAAAUCUGUGCAAACAGUUGGAAGGGAUUCAGCUUACAGCAGGCUUGGAUGAAAACACGUCCAUCACACAACGGUUCCAUCGCAUUGGCUCAAAACGGUUUGGUUUGAGGCGUUACAGCCUUGAGCUGUUUUCCGCAAAAGUUGCCCAGACCCUGGCGAUUUCAAUGGCCUCCAUACAUCGGGAACCAUCGGAGAUAGCGGGCGAUAUCAUUAACCUACGAACAAGCGCAAAUUCUUGUGAAGCAGAUACUACUUUGGAGGCAAUCACUGGUCGCGAGGACCUUUGUGACAUUAAGUUCCCCGAAAUGCUGCUUGAUACGCUGACCGCUAAUUUACCUCCAAUGGAUCGAAUACUCAAGCUAUCUGACUGCCCAACUGAAUACAGUAACCUUAUUGAGUCAGACCAGCUGAUCUACUUUCUCGCUCCACUUCGGCACCGACUACCAGCUCAUCUCCAUGCGAUGAAAAUGUUGUUAAAUUUUGACUCCACAGCAGAACAAGUUAAGGCUGCACUUCACACCGCUUGUGACUGCUUGGCUGAAAUCCGAAAUUCCAUAUCAAUACCCCGACUUCUGUCAUGUGCUUUGGCUCUAGUGAACGCAUUGAAUUCUGCUGGCUAUGAGAGACUGUCACCAGAAUGUGCCCCAAACCGACGACCGCUCGUCGGCUUUCAGGUCAGAAACCUUGUCCGGCUUAUAGAUACAAAAGACAGCUCAAAUACGCGAUCAUUGAUAGACUAUGUCGUGGAACUCAUGGAAGUAAACUUCGGCAAAUCAGUGCACCAGUGGCCAAAAGAGAUCGCCUCUCUUGAUUCUGCUCAGAAGCUUUACAACGCAAAGCUGGUUGAGGAAAAUUUAGUGGGUAUCCGGCGAGAUAUCGCCCGACUGGAGAUCGACUUACGUGGCGUUGGUGGUACUAUCGAAACGUCCGAUCAACUUGGACAAACAAACACAUCUUUUCAGACAGACGUUGCGAAUACAUUGCGCGGAAAUUUUAUCUUCAGAAAACGCAUGAGUGUAUUCUUGGACCACGCAACACAAGAACAGGGCAGAUUAAACCAACUGCACCAGGCAUUUAGUGAGCGGUUCUCAAAGGUCGCCGUGUAUCUUGCUUUGGAUCGAUCAAAAUACACAGCGGACCAGCUUUUCGCCGACUUGCGAACGUUCCGUGACAUGUAUCAGCGAGCCCAAUUACUACGAGGGUGCAAUCCAGAACACCGGAACUGAGCUACCUUCAGAAAAACGUUCUCAUUCCCAAUGAUUUUCUUGUACCCCGGUAUUCAAAAUAACUUUAUGCCCGUUUACGUUGCAACAAGCUUGACAUUUGUCCCAUAUUUAUAUUAAGAGAUUGCUAGGCGAAUGUAACGUGUGUUUCUAUUUUUAAUAUACUUAACCCCGA